UUUAUCAACUGAAUGUUACUUUCUAUGUUUCAGGGGUCAAUAAAUACCUGGUGAGAUGGGUAACAACGGUGCUGAAGACGUGAAAAUUUGUGGGUUUGAUGAUGCUAAAUGUCCUGAGACCACUGUUGAAAUAAAGAUAAAGACAUUGGACUCGCAGACAUAUACAUUGCGAGUGGAUAAAUGUGUUCCAGUUCCAGCACUGAAGGAACAAAUUGCCACAGUUACUGGUGUCUUGUCAGAACAACAACGGCUCAUAUGCCGGGGAAAAGUGUUGAAGGAUGAUCAGCUCCUUUCAGCUUACCAUGUAGAAGAUGGACACACUUUGCAUUUGGUUGUGAGGCAACCUUCAUCAGAGAGCACCCCUGAUCUUCAAGGGACUGCUUCUGCAUCAAGUUCUGGGCAUAUUCAAGGAAACCGAGUGGGUCCUGGUGUAGUUGUUGGAACGUACAACUUAUCCGAACAUGGAGAUGGAACUUUCCCUGACCUGAAUCGGAUUAUCUCAGCUGUGCUUGGGUCAUUUGGAGUUGCAAGCGUUGGCAACGAGGGGAUUGAUCUCAAUAUCAUCUUGAUGAACAGAGAAGUUGGUAUUGGUAAAUGGAAGUGUUAAUCUGUGAAGGUGUUCGCAUGACAAUAAAAGGAAAAUACCACAUGUUGGAGCAAUUAAUGAGCAUGCUGCAGUACUGUUGUACUUGGAGAUUAGGUCAAUACUUGACGACGCCUUUAUGCGCUUGUGAUAUUUAAGUUGUAGUUAUGUGGAAUGGUUGUACUUUAAUGGACAAUUAUAUAUUUUUUUUGUAAGAAAGUUCAUUUUCACAUCAAAUACAUUUGUACUCUCCAUGUAUAUUAUACAUGUAAUAGAAUCACCUCUAUU